CAGGAGGACAAGGACUUCGCCUUCAUCUGGAUGGCUGUCUGGUCCACUCUCUGCUUCGUCUCCACCGCCUUCACCGUCCUCACCUUCCUGCUCGACCCCCACCGCUUCCAGUACCCCGAGAGGCCCAUCAUCUUCCUCUCCAUGUGCUACAACGUCUACUCCAUGGCCUUCAUCAUCCGCUCGGUGGCAGGGGCUGAGAACAUCGCCUGCGACCGGGAGAACGGCGAGCUCUACAUCAUCCAGGAGGGGCUGGAGAGCACCGGCUGCACCAUCGUCUUCCUCAUCCUCUAUUACUUCGGCAUGGCCCGCUGGGUCGUUCUCACCCUCACCUGGUUCCUGGCUGCUGGAAAGAAGUGGGGACACGAGGCCAUCGAGGCCCACAGCAGCUACUUCCACAUGGCCGCCUGGGGCAUCCCGGCCAUGAAGACCAUCGUCAUCCUCACUAUGCGGAAGGUGGCAGGGGACGAGCUCACGGGGCUCUGCUAUGUGGGGAGCAUGGAUGUCAGCGCCCUGACUGGCUUUGUCCUCAUCCCCCUCUCCUGCUACCUGGUCAUCGGCACCUCCUUCAUCCUCACAGGCUUUGUCGCUCUCUUCCACAUCCGGAAGAUCAUGAAGACGGGCGGCACCAACACGGAGAAGCUGGAGAAGCUGAUGGUGAAGAUCGGGGUCUUCUCUAUCCUCUACACCGUCCCAGCCACCUGCGUCAUUGUCUGCUACUUCUACGAGCGGCUGAACGUGGAUUACUGGAACCUCAGGGCCCUGGAGCACAGCUGCCUGCACCUCCCCGGCCGGCGUGCCGCCAACUGCUCCUUGGAGGCCUCGGUGCCCACCGUGGCCAUCUUUAUGUUAAAGAUUUUCAUGUCGCUGGUGGUGGGCAUCACCAGCGGGGUGUGGGUAUGGAGCUCCAAGACGCUGCAGACCUGGCAGAGCCUGUGCAACAGAAAGCUGGGCGUGAGGACGAGGGGCAAACCCUGCAGCGGGGAUGGGGGGGCGUGCGGCGGGGGCCCCUGCCACUACAAAGCCCCCACGGUCAUGCUGCACAUGACCAAGACGGACCCGUAUCUGGACAACCCGACACACGUCUAGAGCGGGGGGCUACCCCCUCCCUGGGGACGACAUGCCGGGGGAAGCCGGCCUCACGGGUAAGGGGCGAGGGGAUGCCGCUGGGGGUG